UAGAACCUUUGAACACCACCAUGUGAGUUGAAUACCACCAUGUGAACCUUUGAGAUGUCAGUUAUUUCAUAACACGUGACAUAUGGGUAAUUUGGUCGUAUAUGUACAUAGAUCAAAAGAUUCUAGAGUCACUGGUGUUUUACUAUUUUCUCAAUGGAACUUCUAAAUAUUUGCGAUCCGACCAGCGUCACCAAUGACGCUACUUAUAGAUGAGAUUCCCCGAGUCAUCCUCCUCCCAGAAAGAAGUUGUUUUGGUCGUUAAAGUAGAAUAGAUCUCAGACUGUUCUGCAGUUCUGUUAUAUAUAGUUACUAGUAUUGGUUUAUUAUUGAAACAUCCUACAUACUCGUCGUCACCAAUGACUACACACAUCAUCGAGGUUGCCCGAGUCACCCCUGCCACCGCCUCAGACUCGGUCCCCCACUCGCUCAAGAUUCCCUUGACGUUCUUCGAUCUGCCGUGGCUACUGUUCAGCCCAGUGAAGCGAGUCUUCUUCUACAGACACACCGAGUCGACGCAUGAGCAUUUCAACUCCUUCAUCCUCCCUAAACUCAAGCUCUCCUUGUCCCUCGUCCUCCGCAACUAUCUCCCUCUCGCCGGCCGCAUAACAUGGGCCCAAAACGAGCCCAAGCCCAGCAUCGUCGUCUCUCAAAACGACGCCGUUUCAGUAACAAUAGCCGAGACGGGAGCUGAUUUUUCUCUCCUAUCCGGUUAUGGACAACGUCCGGUUUCCGAGUUAUACAACUUACUCCCCGAGUUACCGGUCUCCGAUGACUCAGCCACAGUUCUCUCCCUUCAAAUCACGUUGUUCCCGAACCAGGGAUUCUCCAUCGGGGUCGUAACACACCAUGCCGUUUUAGACGGAAAAACGUCAAGCACUUUCAUCAAAGCUUGGGCUCACAUCUGCAAACAACUCGAGAGCAACGGAAUCUCAUCUUCUCUACCGGAGAAUCUAACUCCCUCUUACGAUCGGUCGCUGAUCAACGGCGUGAUCGGAGUCGACGAAAAGAUGAUCGAGAUGCUGAGAUCCCUCAAAGGUGACGCAACCAACACCACCAGAAGCCUAACUCCGUUCCCGCCAAAAAAACUCGGAGACGACGUCGUACUCGCGACGGCGGUGCUCUCCGAGGAAGACAUCGAGAAACUCAAGGAGCGAGUCCAGAGCGAGUCGUCGCCGACGCCGAGCCAUCUCCUCCACCUGUCGACUUUCGUCGUCGCCUACGCGUACGCGUGGACCUGCCUCGUGAAGGCGCGGGGAGGAAGCGAGGAGAGAUCGGUGAGCCUCCUCGCCGUCGGAGAUUUCAGGCAUCGGGUGGAUCCGCCGCUUCCGGCGACGUAUUUCGGGAACUGCGUGUUUCCGGCGGGUAGUUACGACCACGAGGCGGCGGAGAUGUCGAGGUUCGUUGCGGCGGUUGAGAUCCUAAGCGGUUUGGUGAAGGGACUUAGUUCGCGGAAGAUCGAAACGGCCGCGGAGGCGUACGCGGAAGCGUUCAGUUUCGAGAAAGGGAGCACGCAGUUCGGGACUGUAGCCGGGUCGGCCCGGUUAAAAGUUUACGAGUCAGAUUUCGGGUGGGGAAGACCCGCUAAGGUUGAUAUUGUUUCUAUUGACCAGGCGGAAGCGAUCGGGAUGGCAGAGAGGCGUGACCAAUCAGGUGGCGUGGAGAUUGGAAUGUGUUUGAAAAAGACUGAAAUGGACAUCGUCCUUUCCAUUUUCAACAACGGUUUACAAAAUUAAUCCCAAGAUAUUAAGUUUUUUUCGUUAAAGAAAAGUAUCUGAAUAAAAACAGUAAUGUUUAUUCCUUAUGGAAGAAACUGAAUAUUUGUACGCGGUAUUCAAAAUUUUAAUU